GAUAGCCGAUAGAUAGCGUGUUCGGUGUUAUGAGUUUUUCUUAGUAUUUUAAGCUGAUAUGCAUAACUAAAAGUGUUAGUUUCGCCAUGUCGCGAGAUUUUCGUAGAGUCGACUACAGAGAGUUCAGGGAUGAUCGACGAGACCGCUAUAGGGAAAACGAUAGAAGCUGGGGUCGCAAUGACUAUCGCGAUCGCUACCAAAAAAAUGCUAUGCCUGUGAAAAGACGCGAUACAAACAGGGACAAACAAAGAAGCCGAUCACCUCGUAAGCCCGAUAAAGACUUGAUUGAUGAUAAUAUCUUGAGUGAGAUCUCGAAGUUACCCGAGCCUAGCGAACUAUGGGACAAUCAAACGUACCAGCCGCCCCCUACGAACUAUCCAGGACAAGACGGUGCCAAUUACGGUAGCAACUAUCAACCACAGUAUUCGGGCAUCUAUGAUGAGUUUCCAUCGGUGAAUGCAGCCCCACCAGCUCCGCCUGCACCCGACAUGAGCUUGUGGAAUCAAAUGUCUCUCCCACCUCCACCUACAGUAGCUCCAACACCCGUCUACAACAUGGAAGACCAGAUAAAGAAAGAAGCUGCUAUUGAAACGGAAAUGCGUCACCAGAAGGCAGCAUUAUCAAAACAACGAGAAGAUUACAUAAAGAAAGCUGGGAUUCUUAAAAAGGAGUUGGACACUUUAAAAGAUCAGCGUAAUGAAUUGCGUGGAGACUCGAAGCGUUCCCCAAGUCCCGAUACUAAAAGAUUUCUUAAAGAAAAUACUAAAUUACAGUUGGAGAUUCAAAACAAAUUGAAGACAAUCAACAAUGUGGUGGACAUGCUGAACGGUAUCAUUGGCGAGGAGGCUGCCGAUGUACCGGAAAUUGAAGAGUCAUCUGAACGUACAUCCAAACGUAAAUCCAGGUCACCAUCGGGUAACAAGUUCAACUAUGUUUACUAUGAUCCGGAGAUGCACUGGUGCAGAGUCUGCAACGAGUUCCCGCCUACUGCCAAAGACUACCUGAAUCAUUUGCAUUCGGCGCAGCAUCACAAGAUGGCAUCGUCUCAUUUGGAGGCGCCGUGGCACUCCAUAGUCGGCAUGAACGAGGGCUUCCCCAACCAUCCCUCGGCGCCCAACAAGAGGACUCCCAUCAAGGGUCUGCAAUUCUUCGUGCCGUCGACGGCGUGGUACUGUAAGCUGUGCGACCAGUUCAUCGGCGACCUACACUGCGCCUCCGCACAUCUCAAGUCCGUCGUUCACGCUAAAAACUUUACCAACUUCGUGGAGCAGAACCCGCAUUGGGAGACAGACUGGAUGUCGGACAGGCAGAAGGCGUUUGAGAAGGCCCGCGCGACGUCAACAGAGGAGCGAUACACGUCGCACACUAUCGCGUUCAGCAAAGACGGCUUUCAGAUGAGACGCAAGAGCCAAUCCCCGGAGCGCCGCCGGCUGAAGAAGAAGAAGAAGAACAAGCGGAAGCGCGCGUCCUCGUCCAGUGACAGCGACAGUGACAGUGACAGCGAGAGGAAGAAGAAAAAAGAGAAGAAGGAGAAGGGUCGUAUACAAGACGAGCAGCUGUCGGAGUGGAUGUCUGCUGUGCGUGAUGGUGGUGAUGGCCGAAAACUGAUCGACACCAUUAGAAACAGGAUGAAAAUGGAGGAGGCAUCACGACGCCACGAUGCCACGCCGGUUUUGCGGAGUCCAAGCAGGGAGCGUCGUGAGUCCAACUCGCGUGACGAACGUGAGAGACGCGACGAAAGAGACAGACGUGAGGAGAGAGAGAGACACGACGAGAGAGAAAGACGCGACGAGAGAGAGAGACACGACGAGAGAGAGAGACGCGACGAGAGAGACAACAGACGAGACACUAACGCGGAGAGAAAGAAACCCGACAUAAGGAAGAUGCCUUUUAUAGGAAAAAUGCCGGUAUACAAGAACUUGACUAAGACUCAGAAGACAGAAGAGCAAAAGAAAGAAGAAUCAAAGAAGAAAGACGAAGACGAGAUGAAGAAGCGUCAGGAGGCCAUGGACGCGGAGAUACAGAAAAAGGUGGCGGAGUUCAAGGAGAAAAUAGCCCGGGCGCAGGAGGAGCGUGCGGCGGAACAGAUGGCUCUGCCGCCCGCCCUGCCGCCAGCCCUGCCGCCGCCCGCCCUAAUGUCCAUCCCGCCGCCCACGCUUGUCAACAUACCGCCGCCAGCAGCUCCGGGCACGCAGCCUCAGCAGAACCUGCCCAAGGAUUUUCAGGAUGCCCUAGACAUUAUCUUCCCAUCAGACGUGAAGAAAGACCAACAGCAGGACAUGUUCGCCGGGGUCAACAUGAACAUGCCCCCGUUCCAGAUGGGCAUGGUGAACCCACCGGGAAUGGUGAACCCGUCGGGCAUGGUGAACCAACCGGGAAUGGUAAACCAAGCGGGAAUGGUGAACCCUUCAGGCAUGGUGAACCAGCCAGGCAUGAACCCCUUCCCGCAGCCCAGCAUCCUCGGGGAACCACCCAUGAUGAUGGGAUACAACGCCAUGAACCCCAUGUUCCCCCGGCCACAGCUCUACGAUCAUGUGCCUGGAACCACGACUCAGAAUAAGAGGUUUAACACAAACCAGAAUAUGAACCAUAAUAAUACUAACCAGAAUAAUAUGAACGCGAACCAGAAGAAAAAAGACAAGGAAAAAGCACAGAAGAAUAAAGAGCAGAUGGACGAUCUGGCGAUGCUGGGUAUUGAUGCUUCUGAUGUGGGGGCCGGGAUGUAAAUAUUACCAUAUAUAGGCAGUGCCGGUUUUGGCAUUACCAGGGCCCGGGGCGAAAUGUCCCCUUUUUGUUUGCCCUUGGCGCCCCUUUUUGUCAGACGCUCUGG